AUGAUUACAUUGCUUCAGUGGGGACUCCCACAGAAUUUCUUUCGAUAUAAAGAGGAUUCGCAGGGACAGCGUCCCACGGCCUCAGCGAGGAGACAGAGAGCGGCUCCCCAAGAUCACAUUGAGGAUACUACAGAGGUUGAAGAUGUAGUUCCUACUGAUUAUAGUAAUGUUGACGCAGAGGUUGAAGAUGUAGCUACUACUGAGGAUAGUAAUGUUGAGGUACAUGCCAAGCCUACUGAGCCAUCUCGAGUAGGUCCCAUUGAUCUAUCUUUACUUACGAGUUUUAAAACUCACAUAACAGCUGCAAUUUGGAAUAACCAGGAACGUGAGCCCCUUAGGUGCAUGUCGAAAACAUCUACCCUUCGUGAGUGGAAUUGGUGA